AUGUCGAACACUACCGCCGACGCUCCCGCUCCUUCAACACCAUCGCCGUCCCCACCACCGCCCGCGGCAGCUUCUCCGCCGCCACCUAAGCACUCCCCUCCGCCGCCUCCACCAAAGCACUCCCCUCCUCCGCCGCCGUCCACAAAACCACCCCCGAAAUCGCCACCUCCCGGCUAUGACGUCAGGAAGUCGCCGCCUCUACCACCGCCGCCGGUACAGCCGUUCGUAUCGCCACCGGCUCCUGUAGCCGGUGACGUCGCGCCUCCGCCGCGGCGGUCGCGGCCGCUCGGCCCGCCGUCGCAUCGGGAGAAGGAGGGAGGGUCGCAGGACAAUAAUAACGGCAACAACGGGGUUGCGAUUGGUGUCGGCGUCGUUGUGGGCGUGGCGGCGAUCCUUUUCAUCGCCAUGCUGUCGUACUUCUGUUGUUGCAGGAAGAGGAAGCGGAAGGAGGAGCUCACUUACUACUCCACCGCGCCACCUCCUCACAAAGGUGGUGGUUACUACAUGGCGUCACCUAAUCCAGGCAUGAUGGCUGGAUACUACGCCACAUCCCCUCCACCACAAACCUGGCAGGUCAACAAGACCGACGGCGGCGCCGCCGCCGCCAGCCGCUGGCAAACCCAAACACCACCGCCGCCACAGUACAACCCGCCACCAACCACAUCCGCGGGCCGCCCCCCGCCGCUCCCCGCCGCCGCGGCCUCGUCCAGCGACGACUUCAGCUCGUCCUUCUCCGGGAACCACGGCGCGCCCGCGCCGCCGCCGCCGCACCCGGGGUUGGCGCUGGGGGCCGGGUUCCACCACAACAACAGCAACGCGUUCAGCUACGAGGAGCUGCAGAUCGCGACCAACGGGUUCGACCAGUCGAACCUGCUCGGUCAGGGCGGGUUCGGUUACGUUCAUAAAGGUGUGCUGACCAAUGGGAAAGACGUGGCGGUGAAGAGCUUGAAGGCCGGGAGCGGGCAAGGGGACAGGGAGUUUCAGGCCGAAGUGGAGAUUAUUACUAGGGUUCACCACCGCCACCUGGUGACGCUGGUGGGGUAUAGUAUUGCGAGGGACCAGAAGUUGUUGGUUUAUGAGUUCGUGCCUAACUCGACCCUCGAGUUUCACCUUCACGGUAAGAACCGGCCCACGAUGGACUGGCCCACCCGUCUCAAGAUCGCCAUUGGAGCAGCAAAGGGACUGGCCUACUUGCACGAGGACUGCCAUCCACGUAUUAUCCAUCGAGAUAUCAAGGCUGCAAAUAUUCUACUCGACUACAAUUUUGAAGCCAAGGUGGCGGAUUUUGGAUUGGCUAAGCUGUCACAAGACAACUAUACUCAUGUAUCGACUCGUGUGAUGGGGACUUUCGGGUAUCUGGCUCCAGAAUAUGCAUCAAGCGGGAAGCUUACCGACAAAUCAGAUGUCUUCUCAUUUGGAGUUGUGCUACUAGAGCUCAUAACUGGUCGCCCCCCUCUCGAUCUUCAAAACCAGAUGGACGAUUCUUUAGUGGAUUGGGCUAGGCCUCGGUGCUCGAAAGCAUUGGAAGACGGGAACUGCCAGGGAUUAGUUGAUCCACGCCUCGAAGGCAAUUACGAUCCUAAAGAGAUGAGUCACAUGGUAGCUUGUGCUGCUAAUGCAAUCAGACACUCCUCCAAGAAACGUCCCAAGAUGAGCCAGAUCGUUCGAACUUUGGAAGGAGACGCAUCACUCGACCACUUGAACGAUGGAGGAGUGAAGCCAGGGCAAAGCUCGUACUUUGGACAGGCAUCUUCUGAUAACAACUCAGAGUAUGACCAUGUCUCCUAUAGUGCAGAUAUGAAGAAGUUUAGAAAGGCAGUAUUGGAGUACCAAAGCAGUGAAUAUGGCAUGACGAGCGAAUAUGGACUCAACCCUUCUGCUUCGAGCAGUGAAGAAAUGUCCAGAAAGCACUAG